CACAAGUCAACCAUUGCGAGCUUGUUCCUAGUAAAUGCAGUGUGGAAGGGUAAAGGCACUGAAACCUGCGACAGAGAAACAAGUCAGCAUUGCUUGAACAGUUAGUCUACAAUUUAUUAAAAAAAAAGGGUGAAAACAGUAAAAGUACACUGUUUGGUGUAAUUUAAACGUCAAUUAUCCAAGUUUCUUACUUGUUAGCUAGGCGGCUGUCUCCUGGUUGCUGAGUGUCGCUGUUUCUCCCUGGAGCUAACACUAAGGGGGACUCCAUGAAAGAUGACAGAGGAGGUGAUUGUUGUAGCCAAGUGGGACUACACGGCCCAGCAGGACCAGGAACUUGACAUACGUAAAAACGAGCGUCUCUACCUGCUAGACGACUCUAAAACUUGGUGGCGCGUCCGCAACACGGCCAACCAAACCGGCUACGUGCCGUCCAACUACGUGGAGCGCAAGAACAGCCUGAAGAAAGGCUCGCUAGUGAAGAACAUCAAGGACACGCUAGGUUUGGGCAAAACAAAGAGGAAGACCAGCGCCCGUGAUGCUUCCCCGACGCCGAGCUCGGACACGGAAUACCCCAGCAACGGCAGCGGGGGCCCGGUAGGAGGGGCGGCGGAGAGAAUCUACGACCUCAACAUGCCCGCCGUGGUCAAGUUCGCCUAUGCAGCGGAGCGGGACGACGAGCUGACCCUGCUGAAGGGCUCCAGGGUGGUGGUGAUGGAGAAGUGCAGCGACGGCUGGUGGCGAGGCAGCCAGGGGGGCCGCGUGGGCUGGUUCCCCUCCAACUACGUCCAGGAGGAGCUGGGCGAGAGUCCUGACCGAGUUGGCGAGGGGGAUUCCUACACUCAUGGGACCUUGAUGGCCAACGGGAGCAUCGGGGGCCGCCGCCGCGCCGUCCUGGUUCAGACGCUCUACCCCUUCAGCUCCGUCACGGAGGAGGAGCUUAACUUUGAGAAGGGCGAGAUCAUGGAGGUGGUGGAGAAGCCGGAGAAUGACCCCGAGUGGUGGAGGUGUAAGAACUCACGCGGCAUGGUGGGCCUGGUGCCUAAAAACUAUGUCACGGUUCUGGACGAGCGACCGGGCCACCCGUCACCCUCCAUGAAAGGCUCCCCGCGGAACCGCCACAUGGCGCCGGCGCGCUCAGGAAGGUUUGCCGGGAGGGACUGGUACUAUGGAAACAUCACCCGGCACCAGGCCGAAUGUAUACUCAACGAGAGAGCGGACGAGGGCGACUUCCUCGUACGGGACAGCGAGUCAUCGCCCAGUGACUUCUCCGUGUCUCUGAAGGCGGCGGGCAAGAACAAGCACUUCAAAGUGCAGCAGGCCGACGGCAUUUACUGCAUCGGCCAGCGCAGGUUCAACUCCAUGGACGAGCUGGUGGAGCACUACAAGAAAGCCCCCAUCUUCACCAGCGAGCGUGGGGAGAAGCUGUACCUGGUUAAAGCGCUGCUGUGACGCCCCUCGACACUGGAUCCCCCUCCCACACACACACACACUAAUACACACACAUCACCACUUGCAAGCUGUCUUAACCCAAGCCUUCUCUGGCGGAAUCCACGCACUACAGCAACAGCCUCUGUCGCCCCCCAGUGGCCGUUAAGUGAAGUUUCAUCUUAAGUCCAGCAGGUGAGCAGUUCCACCCCAAGAUUAAACACACCCGAGGCCUCC